AUGAAUGACUCGACUUCGACUCCUGCCCCGCAGCAGAAACGCCAGCGCGUGGCCGAAGAGAAUCGCAAACGAGCAGUCAGAGCAUGUGACGGCUGUCGCAGAGUAAAAGAAAAAUGCGAAGGAGGCGUACCGUGUCGUCGAUGUCUUCGCUAUCGCAGACAAUGCAAUUUCACUCACAUUGAUCCGAUUGAGAAGGGCCGAUCAACCUCUGUCUCAUUACUUGACCGUGCCGCUUCGGUAAGCCGCCAUGAAAUCAUCGAAGCAGAGCGUGUACGCUACAUGGAACGUAUCUUGUCAUAUUAUGCACCUGGUCUCUCUUUCGAUAUCGAAUCCCUGCGCCAGGCCGCCGAGGAUCUGAAGAAUAAACACCGGGACUCGGAGUCAGAUGCGAUUUCAACAAAAGUUGAUGCCGAUGAGCUGGAAGAUUUGGCUAUUGAUGAAGAGGAUUUCACAAUUAAGGCGCUUCCCAAUAACACAGCUCAGUACUCUGGUGAAUUCUCAUAUCUGAACUUCUCCAUGAAGAUUCGGAAGAAGAUCGAUGAAUGGAUGAAGACCGCAGCACCAGAUGCUACUUCAGAAGUGGAACCAUUUGAGGAUCGAUGGCGGGCCACCCAGCUUCAAUCAGGGUCAUCCUUAGUAUCAUCAUCCAUUACUUGUCUUCCUCCCCGCUAUGUGGCUGAGUUCUUGGUACAAAUGUUUUUUAAAUAUGCACAGACCAACAACUUCUACGUCGAGGAGGAUUGGCUUUGUGAUAAAUUGAAUAUUUGCUACAACAAUCCUUCCAGCUUGUCAUCCGAUGAUGCCGGCGCUGUCUGUGCGAUUCUGAUGGUCUUGGCUGUUGGCACGCAAUUUGCACAUAUGGAGUCGCCCACUCCGGUCAAUUGCUUACCCAUUGAUUCUGCAGCUAAUCAAGAUCAUCAUUUCUCAGAAGAUGAGGUUGGUCUAACAUUUUAUCAGUUCGCCUCAAAAUUACUACCAGAUAUCAUCGCCACGGCAUCUGUGCGAAGUGUACAAGCUUGCCUCUUGAUUGGGACAUAUCUGCUCCCACUUGAUACUUCUGGUCUGUGUUACACAUAUUUUGGCUUGGCUCUCAAGCUGGCCAUUCAGAAUGGAAUGCACCGAAGAUAUCAUGGAGAAGGGCUCUCGCCCCGGAUGAUCGAAACUCGCAAUCGAGUCUUCUGGACAUCUUACACCCUCGAAAAACGCAUUAGCAUUCUACAUGGCAGGCCUGCAUCUUUGACAGAUGCAGAUGUUGAUGCCCCGUUCCCUGUCGAUUUCCCUGGGUUAAUGCCAGCGACACAACCAUCAAACCACACCAAUAUGGUAACUUUGAUCACAUUAACCUUGAAACUUGGGCAAGUGUCGAAUGAAAUAUCCUCUUUGCGAACUUGCCGGAAGGGUCAACAACAAGAUUGCUUAGAACGGUUGCUCAACCUUCGCAAGACCCUCAUUGAGUGGUGGUCCUCGUUACCAGAGGAAACAAGCUGUCGAGAUCUCAAUCCUGGAGGGCCACUGUUCCGCUCAAACGUACACCUCAAGCUUGACUAUUGCCUGACUCGGAUUUUCAUUGGACGGCCAUUUCUAUUCAGCAACAUCAAGGGCCUUCAAACACCUAAUCAUCAAACAUUCAAAGGCCCCUCUGGGAUUUCUAAGAUUCGAACUGCCCUUGUCGCCGAUUCUGUAGAAGCAGCCUUGGAGAUCAUUGAUUUGUGUCGUCUCCUUCGAGAUGAGACGGGCCUUGCUCGCUCAUCGUUCACCGAGUUCAGCUCAUGCCGUGCGGCACUAUUGGUCAUAUUGGCUCAGGGCUUAACGAAGUGCACGGAACGACUUGGAGCAGCUUUGGAACAGGGUAUAUCCUUGAUUAAGAUUAUGUCAAUGGGCGUUGGCUCUGCCCGCUCAGCUGUCAGCGUCAUCGAAGCACUGGAACGUGCAAUCCGUCGCCUUGAAAUGUGGAAUGAGUCCCAGCAAGCACAGAGUAAUGGCGGAAGUCUCGAAUCGGCCUACGAUCGGUUCAAGAGCUGGGAGAUGCUUUGGAAAACAGGACCUAUCUCGCCUGCUACAGCAUCGUCUUGGGGACAAAAGGAUACUCGUCCCGAUGACGGUCUCGGCUUACCCCAAAGCCUAACCUCUCACACCCCAGCUCCCCUUGGUAUUGACUCUCUUAUCUCCAGCAUGCCUAUCACGCCCUCCACUUCUACUUUACCAAACACCAACAAUGGAUCUGACCAUGCGAUUGGCGGACGGGGGCAUGAAAUCCUGGAUACUGGUAUUCCUGCUUCUGGUGUUUCUCCGGAUAACUUCUCUUUAUCCCAUCAGCCGCUUUCGCAGAUGUCCCAUUUUGGGUUCGACCAUUUUGUCUCAAAUUUCCCACAGGAGCUUGGGGAGUUCACUGCUCUUCCUUGUUUUGAGCCGGAUGCCCAGGGCAAUUCUUCUAUGGUUGGCGCGGAAAUGAAAACUUCCACGGGUGGUGCGGAUUCUUGGUUGCAUUUUAUGAAUGAGCAAUAG